AGUAGUGGUGGGGACGCGGCGCGGUGGGGCAAUACGGUCGAGGCACGAUCAGUUCCAUGCUGCGCGCGAUACGGUAAACUACGCGGUAGAGUUCGUAUUUAUUUUCUAUUUGGAAAUCGCAUUAUUUUACAUUUUUUCGCGAAAGUGAAAGUAACAUUAAUUAAUAUAGUGAUCCUGUUCGUUAUUUUAAUACGGUGGUAAUAAAAUUUUUACGUGUCGAACAUUUUGGACUAAUAAGUGUUCACGCGUAUCUUGUGAAGUGAUAUGUUAGUGUUAAAUAUCGCGUUGACAGUGCAUCAGAUCGCGAUUAAACAAAAAAUUCAUCUUCUGGAAAGAAUAUUUCGCGAGAAAUGCGUCGAUCGGAUACAAACUUUUCCUGUUUUCGUCCAUCGAAGUUACAAAUUCGCAGGUGUCAAUCAUGGACAUAAUCUGAUCUUGACCAACGUAGUAGAAGCGUCACAUAAUUCUCGAAGAUGAUUCGUUAUUAGAAAAAGAAGAGCCAAUGAGAGCUCGCGAAUUCCGUAAAGCAGGAAUUUUCUUCCUUUUCCUGUACUACUUUUGGCGGGAUACAGCUGUGUAUUAUUACGCAGUUAAUAAUGUAGUGCGACGCGUGUUUGGCAUGUGUUUCGAAAAAAAGUAUAGAGUCAUCGUUUGUGUUGAUCGUUUCGUUAACGUAUUAUCGAAAUGUUUGUUGUCUUGCCGCGGGCUAUGGUCAAGUCGAAGCAAUUUCAACAGAACCGUGUUUCUCGGAAUCGCGUGUGACUGACGCUAUGACACGAGGACAAUGCUCGGAAUUUCGGUUUUGAAUUUUGCCUUGACGUGACACGCGUCGACGAGGCCCGAUGUAGUGCGCGGAUUGCUAUGACAUUUGGCUUUGACUGAGUGGCUGUUAGAGUGCCGUAUCUCUAUCAUCUCUGGGAAUCUGAUUUAUGUUGCUGUGUACCAAAUUUCCUGUGACAUCGAACGGUGGAAUCUCGGAGGCCCGUGGCGCGACGAAUCGCGUGGAUCAUUGGCGCUUGGAGGGUGAUUCUUCCGUUUCCCCGGCUCCGAAACAACGCUGUGAUGAAACGACGCUGUUGGCGAAAGAGAUCCGCGAAUGGAGAUGUGGAACCGGAUCCCGUGCUCGCCGAAAUGUUCGAGUUUCCGGGAGGGGCGUUCGGGUUGGAGAAAAAUUGGAGAGAAGACGAGGAUCGAGCGAGGAUCGCGGAGGAAAGGCUGGCAGAGGAGAAAACGUUAAACGACAAUCUCGACGUCAAACGUCGACGUUCAGGAAGCUGGGAGGAGGUCGUCCCCCUUCCCCCGCCGCCGGCCCUCCUUCUCGUCAUAUUUAAUAACCCAGCCGCAUACACACGUUCACCAAGGUCCACGUACGGGCAUUAAACUCGGCCGAGUGCGGAGGUUCGUUACGUACAAUGCACCGCUGAUUGACCAACCAGAUCCGCCCUGAAGUGGCGCACGGUUGCCGUCGCAAUAUCGGAUCACACCGUUGCCCCAAUUGUCAGCGCCGCUAUCUUUCCUCCUCCUCCUCCUCCUCCCCCACUUUUUUUUCCUUUUCCCUCCGACGUAUUUUCGCCACCGACGACGAUUCCUUCGGUGUCGUCGAUUUGUCGGAUGCCGUCCAAUUCGAUCCAUUUCCCCGUCCCCCCGUUUUCCUUCCCGCGCCUCGAAAGCCAAGUUAAACCGAAUCUGUUAUCGAAUUUGUUUAACAUUGCGGAGGAACGAACCCGGAGGAAACGAACUUUUUCCGGAGUUUAAUCGUCCCUUAUUUUAUUCUCUCUUUCUCUCCCUUCUCUCUUUUCUCUUUUCUUUUUCCCUUUUUUUUUUAUACGACGCGAUAAUUCAAUCGAGAAACCGAAGGAUUUAUAGUCUUGACGAAUCUCUACGCUUCCGACGUAUCAUCGAUUCCGACGGUGUUGGAAAAAGAGGGGGAUGAUACGGGGUUAGGGGAGGAGGGGCUAUAAAUAAGAGUACGCGUCAUGCGACGAUAAUUCGUCUUCGCUUGCUCGACACCUCGGGCUAUCCCCCUCCCCCUCCCCCUCUUUUAAAAUUAUUAUCGGCCUGGAAGAGUCGAUGAAAAAAACCUGGAAAUUCUGUGUGUGCGGUGUCGAAGGAGCGGGAUGAAAAGGGCUUCCGGGUAGACGGAGGGAGAGAAACAAAAAGAGAAACAAGCCCGAUGGAGGAGGAGCGGCGUUGGACGGGGAAACAAGCGGAGGAGUCGAAAAAUCAGCUUGCCUCGUUAAAUCCUGGCCUGGGAGGACGGAGCUUGUCCCUCUUUCGAAUAAAUAUAUAUCGGCUCGCUAAAUAUUUAUGAACUCCAGAGCGAGAAUCUGAAAAUCGAUCUCGUCGAUUCGAGAGAGAGAGAUACUUAUUCGGUAUACAACUUUAUCAAGGUAUCGUAAAAAAAGGAAAAAAAAAAGCUGCCAUUAUAUACUUCGACAUUUUGGCGCAUUAACAUCGAAUUGACAUCGUUGGAGUGAUAUCGAAUCGUGUUAAUUGAUCCCGAUCGAUCGUCCUAAUCGCGCAAACCCACGUCGCCCAAACGUUUGUCCGUGAAUCGUGGAUAAAAGGCGGGAAAGCAAGAGGCAUCGUCCCCGCCGGCAAUCGUGCACCGGUGUCGUAAUCAAUGUUGUGAUACGACGUUAAGCGGGCAUCAAGUGGGUUGGCAGAGACCCCUGGCCGCGCACGCGGAACCGGGAAUAGCAUCAGAAACGAACCCACCCUCCCCCGUUCCCCGUGUAUGGAACAGGAGAUGGGGCGCCGGGAUAGAGCGCGCGGGGGUUUGGGUAACCAACUCGUGAAAUUCAAUUACCGAGUCCGCGGGGGUGGCCCUUGCCGAGAAACGUGCGAGAGAGGGUGGCCGAGGGGGAUGCACGUCGGGAGGCAUGGGGGAGGAGGGUUGGAGGUGAAAAGGGAGGAAGGAUUUGAGUGACAGCCGAGAAGGAGAAGCUGCCUGACGCGGGCCUAACUCUCGCCUAUCUAACGUCGAAUCUUACACCCUCCUUCACCCCCCGCGUCCCCUUCCCCCUCCUCGAGUAAGAAUCGAGAAACCAACCCCGAGAAAGGGGAGAUAGCAAAAUUGAAAUUGUACCUACCGAUAUAGUAUGUAUAUGGCGGCGUCCCAUUCGGUUCGAUGAAAUGAUUUCUGUGGAGGGAGGGAGAAGGGGGAAUGUAAGAGGCACGAGAUCCGAAAAUUUGUACAGGAUUUUUAUUUCAUUCGUACGGGAUGAUUAAAAUCACGCUGAGGAUGAGAUCCCGUGUCGGGAUUGCGUUCCCUUUCUUCCAACUUUGUAUGAAACAGAAACAUAUAUCCAAACGGAUAUAUUCGUGUCGAAGAAAUCUCAAGAUUUUCGCACGAGUGACGAAUAUACGUGGAAUUAACGACGAAGUAUAUGCGUGGACAAUUACCGAUAAGACGAUAGGAGCAGAGGAACGGGAUGAGUCAGAGUCUCUCCAUGACCGGCCUGCUAGAAACCAUGGCUCGCGUCGCAUCGGUUUCAUCCUCGGCCGGGCAAUGAUCAUUCUCUCCCCAUGGUGGACGUGCGGGACUGACAGACUGGAGGCUUCGCGUUCAUUAGCUAGCUAUUCAGUUCAACGGGCCAACUGGCGAGGGUGGAUUCUGACUCCGGUGGCUGUUGGAAUGUCCGACAUGUUACUCUAUCCUCGCACAUAAUUACACCAAGCCUUCGCAGCCUCCGUCCUGAGUCCGCCCUUGCGCCACCGUUCACCUUUCCCCCCUUCCUUCCUUCCUUCCUCCAGCUCCCCGGGAAUAAAAUCACAGCCUUCCGGCGGCAGAUCCGUCCAGCAUCUGCUUUAACACCAUCCUUCGUUCGAAGCUUUGGAAAUAGUUUACGGUUACCGCCAUCACGGUGAAUCGAUUUUCUCGGUUUUUGGACUCUUAGAUUUAUUUCGUAGAGAUACGCGUAUAUAUAGAGGUGUAAAAAUGAAAUCGAGUUUUCCUUCGCUCGAAAAAUAAUUUGACGAUCGAUGAUUGAAAAAAAAAAUUAUAGCGUUUAUUUUUCUUGGACCAGUAUAAGGGAAUUGUAUAUAAACGAAAACGGAACACGGUUUAUCGUGUUAUUAAAACAAGAAUCGGUGGAAUGCGCGGUUCUUACGAUCUUGCUAAAUAAGAUUAUCUCGAUACAGGUAAACGAAAAUAUAGGGAAACACGAAGAACCAUAAUAUAAACUAAUACGAUCGAUGAUAGUUCGCGAUUUCAGCUCGGCGAUUAAACGCGAUACCGUGAUUCUAAAUCCUCGAGCGGAAGUUUUUCCCUUUUAUUUUUUCGCGUAUUAUUUUCUUUUUUAUUUCGCUGA